UGGCUCGAGCCGCUCUGGCUUGAAGAGAAGACUCGCUGCAGGCGCGCUCCGAGCCACGGCGAUCUCUACCGGCCCUGCGGCCAUGGCACCGCGCCGCCCCGGCCGCGCCCUCCUGGCCGUCGCGGCCGCGGCGUCCGCCGCAUGGGCGGUCCGCACCACGUUCGUGCCUUCGCCACAGGCCUCGCGGGCCAUGGGCGAGCUCCGCCCCGUGCUCGCCGUGAGCGCCGCGCUGCCGGCGCUGACGCUGCUGGCCGAGGACGCGGAGGCCAAGUACGGCGACCAGAGGAAGUGGCAUUCCGUCUUGGUGCCGCUGACCACCCUGAUCGUCCCUGGCAUCGCGUUCGCGGCCUUCCUGCUCUACACCUUCUCCGACGACUUCGCCUGGCAGCUCAACCCGAACGCGCCGAAGAACAUCGAGAAGCAGGCCCAGUACGACAUGGUCCCCGCCUGGAAGAACCGCAGCGAUCCUUUCAGGGGUCUGUUGAACAAGGAUGACUUCGAGAAGGGCCUGGAGGAGGCCUGGGAGAAGGCCAAGCCGGCGGGCAGCACCGUCACGGUUAAGCAGAAGCUGGCCGAGAUGUCCACCCAGAACAACCCCCAUUUUAUGGAGAACAAGCUGGCGAAGCUGAGGAUGAAGGCGAGGGCGGCGCUGUCCGCCUGAUUCAAGGCAGGGGGGAGGAGAUGGAGGAGGUGAUUCUAGAAGCCUGCGCGCGAGCAUGGAUUCUCGAUGUCGUCGACGCCGCUCACAGAGGCGACUGAUGGAAACACCAGGCUUUUACCCCCCUCUGGGCCCACGAGCUGGCCGGGAUCGGCGUGGUCCCCCGAAACGCCGCUCGCAGCAUGUCAGAUUGCUUUUGGCACCGACAGAGAUCUCGGCGCUGGCCUUCCCAGCACGUGAGCGACGCAGAAACACGGGGUCGUUGUCACCGACGUUGGUGCGUAACCUGCCCGCGUAAGGUCGCGCGUAGUGGGGGGGGCCGCCGGGCAACGCCUCUCUGGGGAUCCCAAGGUGGGGCGCCCUCCGCUACGGCGUCGGGCGCCAGCCGACAGGCCCCCGGCCCCGAGGAAGCGAGGGUCCGCGGGCAUUGCUCGUGAACUAUGAAGGCCGCGCCGCGGGGCUCGGCUGGCCAGGCGCUCCGAUUGAGCCAGGCAUGAAAGGAGAGAUCCGCCGCGGGCGCCCUGCCCCCGCCGCGGCGCGCAUUUUUUAGAAGAGCUCCUUGCGCUCAAGCAGGC